AUGGUCCCGCUCCUCUGCGCCGCAUGCGGUCAUGCCGUCGAUCCAAGUGCAGCCACAGUGCUUGUCGAGUGCCACUUUUGUACUCGAUGGCUACACGCUGCCUGCGUGUCACCCGUGACCGAGCACGACGCGCUGCUUGGCGCCAAGUGGGCGUGUCCCGACUGCCAGCAGCAUGGCGGUAUCUACGGCGUAUCUACUGUCUAUUCCCAGACGAAUGGUCACGGGCGACGCGUCAACACGAGAAGCUACUCACCCCCGUCUGUCUAUCCGAGCCAUGCAAUCACAGCGUCACGCCAGCAUCAUCCUCAUCCUCAUCAGAAGAGCUCGGCUCACUUCCGCCGCCUUCUCAGUGCAAUCGCAGACGCUCGAUCUGAAGUCCACGUCGUCCCGUCUCACGCGUUGCACCCCUCGUUCCUGCAGCAAAGAGCGCUAGAUGAGCCCGUGCUUUUUGCAGGCCACAGCCAUCGAGUGGCCGGACUGGAUGCAUCGUUGCCAGUACUUGACGCUGCUGUGAUUGCAGAGCUCUUGGCCACCAAUCGAGUCCUCGUGCAGUCGACCGACGUGGCUACGCAGGCGAAAGUGCAGCUGACAGCACUGACGUGGCAACUCAAAGCGUGUCCCCACUACCUCCAAGAGCAUGGGCGAAAAGCUGACAAGUCGGUCGCGAAUGCUGAAUUCCAGGUACUUGACACGCCCGUGCAGCUCCGGGUUGCACCGCCAAUGGCUGUUGCUCGAGUGGACUGGCGUUCCUUGUUGCCUUCGAGCCGUGCCAACGGACCACAAGCGAGCGCAAGUGCGAGCGCAAACGUCUUGGGUGCAUUUCUGGAGUGCAAUAGUUAUCUGGACUUCACGCUGACCCCUGGAGGUCAGUGCGUGUGGCUCUCGGUAUCUGCUGGCGAGCUCUGGGUGUAUUUCAUUCCGCCGUCUGACACCAAUUGGAAGAUCUAUCAAGCUUGGAAGAACGAUCGAGACUUUGCAACGAUCUUUCUGGCCGAAAGAGUGGACACGUGCAUCAAGUGUGCCGUCAGUGCAGGCAGCACACUGCUUAUACCAGCUGGCUGGAUGUUCGCACGCUUUGCUGGCGGCGUGCAAAGCUGCUCGCUGUUUUACGGUCUUUUCACGUGCACAUCGGCAAUGGCAGCACAACUGGGAGUUGUCUUGCUGGAGAUGCAGCACCAGACACUGGUACAGUAUCGAGGUUAUACCACAUCGGGCUGGGGAAUGGCCGACGUGAACGCCGAGCUCUGGGCAGCUCUACGGUUCUACUGGAACCAGCUGCUGAUGAUGCACAACGGUAUGGAUGUCCAUGUAAGUGAGCAAGACCGGCAAGCAUUGCAGCGUGCAAUACACCGGUUACGAGAGUGGAGUGCACAUCCGGCAUCAUUGAAGUCUGUGAAUCAAAACGCGUGGGUCCCUAGCUCUCAGCACGAAGCCCAAGCCGUUGUCGACCGUGUCGAGCAAGCCCUUGCUGCCAUUGAGAUGCUGACCCAACGCCCCGAAGACUUGCAACCAACCACGAAUUUGGGGUGUGACAGCAAGCUGCCUCCAAUAUCGGUGAAUGAAGCAUCUUACAUCUAUUCAGCUGCAUCAGUGCCAGACUCCGACAGUGGAUCCGUGUGGGGAACGUCGAGCGCUGGUUUCGAAAGCAGCAUCACGAGCAAUUUUGGCUCACCCGUAUCGACAGGAGCUACGUGGGCCAGUCUUGACUCUCUACAGCAGCAGCAGAAGCAGGUAAGAUCGACGCACAACCAGCCGUGCGUGAGCAAUGGUCCAAGGUUUUGCGAUCGAGCCCACCAUGACGAUUUGCCACACAAUGGCAGUGCAAAUUACGGAUACAUCUCGCCCAGAACUGGUAGUGAUGGCAGCAAUGGCAACUUCAUGGCGACUUUGAGAUCAAAACACGAUCUCAGGAUUGGACUCGAAAGUCUCAGGUCAGUCCGCGAAGCACCGACGUAUCCGAUCGAUGCAGCCAGUUCGCCCAUGAUCGCAGCAGUCGGACCAGCGUUUCAGCAACUUCAAUCGAACAGCGCUGGUGGAAACCACCUGGAGAAGCUGAAGCACCAUCGAGCAUCGUGUCAUCGGUGUGGCAAUUUGCGGAAGAAGAACGUGUGGUGCUCCAUAUGUCCCCAUAUCUUUUGCGCGAGAUGUGCUGACAAGAUGCACGAAGAGCAUGGCGAUCGCGUCUUUGAGAAUGGCUGUCCCGUGUGCAAGGAGUUGUGUUGCUGCGGCAAGAAUCGCACAAUGGACUGCUUGCGCAUGUUCCAUUGCUACAAAAAGUGCCCGUCGACCAAGCGGCGUGCAGGUGGUUAA